GUACUUGACAUAUCACUGUCCUGUUGAGUACCAGUCGAAUCUAUUUAUGCAGAGAGGCCGUUAAAGACUUGUUGGUAUUGUGGAAUUUGGUUUUAACAGUACAUUUCUGCAUGCUGUGCGUGUUUGAAUGCUAUUUUAUUUCCUUGAGUGGGAAUGCAAUUUUGUUGCACUUUGUUGAUUUUGACUACUAUGUGCCCUGCAUUUCCGCUGAUGUAAAAAAAAACAAACUGGAGUGUCAACAUCUCUGUUGACAAAACUACCAGCACACCCGCCAGCCUAGUGAAGAUAAGCGGUACAGAGAAUGGAUGGAUGGUUACUUGACCCUAUUCAGCCACACGAUGAAACGUCAAGUCGCUUUGAUGCAGUGCACCAGAGUACUAAAUAUAUUUUUUAUACCAAUGUGUAAUCAAAAAUCUGCUCUAUAUAUAGCCAUCAUUGUUGCAUUAGCACAAGUAACUUUGCCAAAAGGCCAUCUCAUGAAGUGUCCAGUGGGUGUUACUUUUACAAUUGGCAAUUAGGGUACCUCACAGUCGCACGGUUGCCAUGGUAACAUGUUUUGCGUCUUGGAAGAAAUCAUGUCCCCGCGCUGAUAAAGGUGACAUAUAUAUGGGGUUUGUUCUUGCUCUGUCUUGUUUCCAGCGACAGGAGACGUUUGAACAGAUGCCCCUGAACUACACUUCGGCGAACCGGACCAACUCUUUGUUCGCGUCCAAGCUGAGCGCCGCUGCUGACAUUUGCGUGGGACUUGCCAUCCUCUCCGUGGUGUUGCUGUCAAUAAUGGGCAACGGCAUGGUUCUGGUGAUCUGCUAUCGCCGCCGCAAGAAGAUGGUGGGCUCCGAGCUGCUGUGCGUCAACCUGGCUGUGGUGGACUUUCUGUGCUGCAUCUGCUUCUACCCGCUCUCCAUCCUGUCAUCCUUCCACCAUGCGUGGCUGGGGGAAAACGCCACGUGCAUCUACUAUGGCCUGGGCUGCUACAUCUUUGGCCUGUGCGGCAUGUUCACCAUCGCCGCCAUCAGCAUCAUCCGCUACUUAAAGACAUGCUACAGCUUGGUUUAUGCUGUGUGGCUGGAGAGCGCCAAUAUCAGGUUGGUGUGCUGUGUUAUCUGGCUGGUGGCUGCAGUGUGGUCCAGCUUCCCUCUCUUUGGUUGGGGCGAGUAUGUCCCUGAGCCCUACGGACUGUCCUGCACCGUCGCCUGGCGAGGCUACCACACCUCAGCCAAGGACGCCUUCUAUGUCAUCUGCUCCUUCGUGUGCUUUACGCUACUUCCUGUCCUGCUCAUCGUGAUGUCCCAUUGCCAGAUCCUCUACAAGGUGUCCCGCUUCUCCUAUUCGCUGUCGGCGCGAGGCAUCCAUAACAACCUGCGGCAUGCUGAAAAACGAUUGUCUAUGAUGUUUUUCUGUAUAAGUCUUGGCUUUAUCAUUGCCUGGACGCCAUACGCCGUCGUUUCCUUCCUUUUCAUAUUUCACAAGGAGAACCAGUACAUGGCUCCAGGGGGCUUCGUUUUCCCCGCCCUCUUUGCCAAAAGUUCCCACAUCUACAACCCCUUCAUUUACUUCUACUUCAACAAGACAUUCCAGAAGGAGCUCCAGUCCCUGUUGGUCUCUUUCUGUCCCAAAAUGGGAGGAAAUCGGGUGGGCGUCCAGGUCGCUCCGAGCCACCUGGCUCCCGAGCCCAUCUAUAUCCAGCUCCAGGAGAGAGGUUACAUCCGCGAGGCGUUUGUUUUAUCUAAGGAUCAGACACGGAGCAAGAGCAAGAGCAAGAGCAAGAGCAAGAGCACAGGCAAAGGAUCUGAAGGUACCAGCAGUGACCAUGUGCAAGCAAGACUGCUGAACACUUGCUGGGGGUCCUCACCAAUGAACGCCCAAAUCAUCUUGAAAAAGCAAACUACCAGCAAUUCUUUGCCAGCCUCUGUCAGCUCUCUUUAGACAAGGCUACGGCCCAGCUCAUUAUUAUUAUCAUUAUUAUUAGCGCCAUUGAAUUGUAUAGAG